AUGGCAGGCUGGCCACACGAAUCGUCGUUGAAUAACGGUGAGACCUCCGGCGAACACGCCAGCAAACAACGGCAGAACGAGCUCAAAAAGUCGCCAAACAUCCCGAACGGCCUUGAUGAAGGCAUACCAGCUAUACUCGGCACAAAGGAAGACGUCCCCGUUACAGGCGCGGGAGAGAUAUACCUAAAGUCCAGCUUCUUGUCCGCGGCCGGGUCCCAGGGGUCCCAAGAGAUUCAUCUCCAAGAACCGUCACUCACAUACGCCCGAUCUCCCUUCUCCUCACUUGACCGGUCCCAGACAGCAGCCAUGGCUGUAACAGAAGUCAUUGUUCUAUCGCCACGGUCAACGACGAAAAACACGCCCUAUGUACGUUGGAUGCAUCGCAUCGCAAGGCGGUGGCGGGUUUCCACGACGCUUGCAGCGACCUUCCAAGGCAGGCAACAUUUCCGGAAGAUCCCAGGAGGGGAGCAGUACGGGUUGCAAUCCCCACCGCGUACAUCAUCGGAUGGAUCAUCGGAUCCCGCUCCCAAGUCCUCGGCCCGCUGA